AUGCCAAGCUGGUCUGAUGAUUUGACUCAACAAAUUAAUCUUGAUUUAGCCGAAAAUGAAAAGUUGGGUUUGAAUGCUGAGCAGGCUACUUAUGCAGUUCGGAAAUACAAAUCAUAUAGAAGAGUACCAAAUAAUGUUAUGAAAGACUUGGAUAUUAACUAA